AAGCACAGUCUCGACAAAUGUUUGGCCAUAUAGUGUAAGAAGUUUGUGCUGGCGGUGGUUUAAAUUAGACUCCUAGUUUAUUUGUAUUUUGGGAAAUAGAGCCAACUAAAUUCAUGAGAAAAUACUGCAAACAAAUAGUGUGUCCCAUGUACAUUUCAAGUUGAGAAUAAUUAUGAACUCCCUGCUGAAAAAACAAACAAACAAACAAAAAACAAUAAAAACCAUCACAGAAAUUCACAGAAAAUUUUUUCCACUACAAAUACCAUUACAAACCAUCAGCUGUUAACCAUUAAGACCAUUACCAAAUGGUUUCCAUUACGUAGAAGGACGUAUCCACUAGACAUACUGUACCGUGCCACCAGUAGAAGGCAACAAAUUCGCAGUAGAGACCCACAGGGACCAUUACAGUUUCCAUUAAAACCAAUACAAUUCUCAUUAUAACCAUUAAAACCAUUACAAAUUCUAUGAGGGUUUCUAUUGUUUUGUUUUUUGUUGUUGUUAUUUUUUUUUCCCAGCAGGGGCUGUUGGAGUCAGAGUCAGAACCGUGCUGACAGUGCUGGCAUUUCAACCUCUGGGUCGCUACAGUCUGUGUGCAAAAAAGAAAAAGAAAGAAAAUUCCUUCAGAUUUAGGCCACGCCCCGUUCAAAUGCAAAUACAGCGUCAUUGCGUCACACACCUUUGUGGGCGUGGCCAAUUUGUAGGUUUCUGAGCGCGUUCGUCACUGCUUUCGGAAUCUGAGCGACGCCCGAGGGUCAUGUGACCGGCUCCAGCUGGACUAACCACCGAAACUAUUCCUGCUCCGUGUCUCGGAGUGAGAAAUCAAAACACCUUCUGAAACCUUAUACGAGUUUGUUGUGUUUGCGCUUCAAGAGUCUGGGCGUAUUUUUAUUUAUUUAUUUAUUUAUUUUAAAACCUAACCUAUUCUAAAGAAGUUCGUUUGUGGAUACUAUUGAGGAAACGACUUCAAACGGCUGUUUUGUUUUGGUUAUUCAUCGUUUUUUUGUAGCAGUUUUGUAGCAGUUUGAAGCGGAUGCUUCUGUCAAACAGCGUCGGGGUUGAUAGACCUAGAGGCAGAGCUGGAACCUGGCACAGAGUCUGGAGAAGGCCGAGGGGACACGAUGCUCCAGGACGAGGCAGAAGCUCAGAGACGAGAAGCCUACAGCAUGUCUCGUCUACGAAGCUCUUCUAUAGAGAUUAGAGAGAAAGGCACGGAGUUCCUCAGAGAGCAGCUGGACGAGGCGCAGAAGGAGUUGAAACUAAAGGGGGAGGAAUGUGAGCGACUGUCUCAUCUGAGAAACCAGCUGGAGCAGGAACUAGAGGAAUUGACUGCAAGUCUCUUUGAGGAGGCUCACAAGAUGGUGCGGGAGGCCAAUGUCAAACAGGCAACUGCAGAAAAGCAACUGAAAGAGGCACAGGGCAAGAUUGAUGUGCUACAGGCAGAAGUGACCGCGCUAAAGACGCUUGUGUUGACCUCCACCCCGUCCUCCCCUAACCGCCAGCUCCACCCCCAGCUACUGUCCCCAGGGUCCAGAGGACACACGCGCCACAAGAGUGCCACCCUUACUCUGCCUCAGCUACAAUCAGAGUCACCCAGUGAAAACGCACAUAUAAGCCGGGAAGAAAAAGAGUUGGACUCUAUGUUGUUUGCCGAGUUUUUGUCUUGGAGAGAGAAACCAAGUCUGGAUCGGUCAUCUGCCUUCCUGAGCCGAAUCUACAAAGAAGACAUUGGGCCCUGUCUCUCUUUCACGUGCUCAGAACUGUCUCAUUCAGUUCAGAAUGCUGUGGAGAAUAACUUUUUGACUAUUGAGCCUGUUGCUUUGACCGCAAUAUCCACGGACAAAGCCUCGACUGUUGAGUUUGGAGGACCCAAUGGCUGCCGAGCACCGGUAGAGACGAAGUGUGCCCUGAGCGGUAUGUCCCACCUCUGCCGACAUCGCAUCAAACUGGGAGAUAAAGAGAAUUAUUACUACAUCUCUCCCUCCAGCAGAGCUAGGAUCACAGCAGUGUGUAACUUCUUCACUUAUAUCCGAUACAUCCAGCAGGGUCUGGUCAGACAUGACGCCGAGCAGAUGUUCUGUGAGGUGAUGCGCUUGCGACGGGAGAUGUCCGUAGCCAAGUUAGGGUUCUUCUUUGCAGAUGCAAACUAAAAGACGCCCAGAUUCUGUGGCAAGUUUUCUACACUCAGCAGUUCGAUAAAAGAUUUCCCAUAGAUACACUCCGUUAUUGUGUCAGUGACCGUUACAUUAAAAGCCCAGAGGAAAUCUGUGAAAGGAGUUCUGUGCUGAUGAUCAGUAUUGGACUGGAGUGAGAUUUUUCACUCUCUCUCUACACUCCGUAUAACACACUUCUUAAUGGGGAACAAAAUAUGGGAUUAAUGUUGGGGGUUUUUUUUUUUUUUGGAUUAUUUGUUGGUGCAGAUACAGUUUACAGAACUUUAGGUCCUCAUAGUUGGAACCUGUUCAACGCAGAGUCUCAAUAAGAUGUCACACUGUGUACAGAUUCACUUACGUAAAAUACCAAGACACACUACACGUCAAUGCUACCUGAGACACAUUGCUUAGUAGACAAUACAGUCCCCUCCACUAAUAUUGGCACCGUUGGUAAAUAUGAGCAAAGAAGGCUGUGAAAAAUUGUCUUUAUUAUUUAAUCUUUUGAUCUUUGCACUUCACAAAAAUACUCUGCUCUCAUGGAUAUCAAACAAAACACAGGUUUAUCCACAAAAGAAAAAAAAAAGAUAUAUAUAUAUAUAUAUAUAUAUAUAUAAAAUUAAAUAUAGGUGUGCAACAAUUAUUGGCACCCUUUUAGUCAAUACUUUGUGCUACCUCCCUUUGCCAAGAUAACAGCUCUGAGUCUUCUCCUAUAAUGCCUGAUGAGGUUGGAGAAUACAUGGCAAGGGAUCUGAGAUUUAAAAAAAAAAAAAAAAAAAGUAAAAUAUAAAUGGAAAUAUAGUUCAAAUAUAUUUUCCUCAUAUGAAUUCAUAGGGGUGCCAGUAAUUGUUGCAUACCUAUAUUUAGCAAAUAUUUUUUUUGGUUUGGAUAAACCUGUAUUGCAAUUGUUUGAUAUCCAUGAGAGCAGACUAUUUUUGUUCAUUUUUUCUUUAACAAAAGAUCAAUAGGUUAAACAAUAAAGACAAUUUUUCACAGCCUUCUUUGCUCAUAUUUACAGAGCGUGCCAAUAUUAGUGGAGGGAAUAUAGUGGAAUAUCAGUUGAUGCCUGAUUGUGGGCUGUAAUAUAUUCAGUGUGUGUAUUUACUAGAAUUUUAAAAAAAGAGCACAUGAAUAGAAAUUCAAGCAAUCAGAAACAGAUUUAUUUUAAUCAGUAUGAAGUCAUUUAAUGAAAGUUUGACCUGGGGUCCGAAAGACUAGAUUUCCUUCAGCGUCUUGAUAAUAAUUAUGGUGUUUGAUGGUAUAAAUUCAUCAUUCAAAAUCUGCACGGUUUAUAGGAGCGUGAAUGCUUGCAUUUAAAGCCUUUUACUAUCAUUAUUUUAUUUUUUACUAAACUGAGACACACAAUUAGGUGGGACUUUGGGUCUAAAUUAUUUUGUAACUUUUAACAAUAAUAAUAAUAAUUGCAUGAUUUGACAAUCAAAAUGACAUGGAGAAAAAUGCAUUUCUGUUUAAUAUUGGCACAGCGCAAAUCUAUGCAUAGCUCAUAAAUCUUUAUUUACGUUAAGCAUAGUAUCAAACCUAAAGAUCAUGGAUCGAUGUAUUGGUUACGUCAGGGAGGAUCUUGUCAUUUGAUACACAAAUAUUACGGUGUAUUGCGUUUGGUAAUAUUUUGUGCUUUUUUUUUUUUUUUUUUUUUUUUUCUUUAUGUUUACGCUUAACUCCUUGCCUAGUGGAUUAAUACACUGCAAUAAAAUAUUACAAUAUAA